CUCCCUCACGGACCAGACUCUGGACCGGACAUCUCGAAUCGUCGCAUUUUCGUCGCAUUUUACAGUCUGUCUCAUUUUUUAUCCGGGUUUAAAUCGCUGAAAGGAAUCAGGUUGAGGAGCUGCAGGUUAUAAGUGAUUGAUUGAUUGGUUUAGUUUAGAUUUUAGAGAUUUUUUUCCUCUUAAAGACCGUAGAACAUCUCCCGUUAGGCUUCACAUAUCGUGAUGCUUGUUCUCUUAACGAUACUCAAUCUUCUCACUUCUUCAAAUGCAGUCACAUUCUUUUUGGUGGUUCCUGAUGGAUCAGUAUCAGGACAGCUGGGAUCUUCAGUUGUUCUGCCCUGUACACUUUCUCCUUCACAGGACUGUAGGGAAUUUGAAAUACAGUGGUACCGUAAGAAGGAUAGGGACAAUCCAGUUCUGCUGUAUAAAGAUCUGAAGGUGCAGGAGAACUAUGGAGAUCCUCAGUACAGAGGAAGAGUGUCUCUGGUUGGAGAUCUGAAGAAAGGAAACGUCUCUCUGAAACUGGAGAACCUCACACUAGCAGACAGAGGAGAAUACGUGUGCUUUGUUGACAGGACUAAAUGGUAUGACCAGGCCAGUGUAUUCAUCACUGUUCCAGUGGUUGGAUCCCCUCCUCUCCAAUCAUUGACUGAAGUUGGAGACCAGGUGAAUGUUACCUGUGAAUCAGAUGGAUGGUCACCAAAGCCCACCCUCACCUGGAGAGACAGAAGUGGUAAAGAACUCUGGAACAGUCCUAAGUAUUACACACAAGAUUCUGAAGGGUUGGUGAGUGUGAGAUCUUGGCUGAUGUUCUCUCCCUCAGACUCAGAGUGGAUCUCCUGUUCUGUGGGUUUAUCUGAUCAGGAGAUGAAAGAGGGAAGAGUUCUGAUACUCAAUUCUGUUUCUAAAACACUUCAGUCAGGAUGGAAAGCUGCUUUCCUCGUCUUACUGGUAAUCUUUGUGGUGGUAAUCAUCUUCCUCAUGAUUAAAGGUCAUGUUUGGCGAAAACCUUCAAAGCCCCCACAAACAGAUGAUGAAGCACCUCUUUUUGGUGAGUAA